CGCAGCGUCAGCGCGUGACGUCCCCCUCCGUGCCCGGCCGCCCUCACAGCACGCAGUGCCGAGCCUGUGUCAGGCUCACGGAGGCACAGGCCGCGCGGUUAGUGAGCUCGAGGAGAGGAGGACCCUGGACACCUCCCAGCGGCGGCCUCUGCCCAGUGAGGCCCCUUGCCCUGGGCAAGCCGGCUCCCGUGUGCCCGCAGCCCUGAUGAGGACGGGUCACUAGUGGUGUAUGGAUACGACAGCCAAAGCUGGUGUGAUGGAGGUCCUGCGCCUGAACGUGGGGGGCUGCACGUACACUGCCAGGCGCCAGUCCCUGUGCCGCUUUAAGGACUCCAUGCUGGCAUCCAUGUUCAGUGGACGUUUUCCUCUGAAAACAGAUGAAUCAGGGGCUUGUGUCAUCGAGCGUGAUGGACACCUGUUUAAAUACCUUCUGGAUUAUCUUCAUGGAGAGGUUCGGAUUCCCGAGGACGAGCAGACGCGCGUCGCCCUGCAGCAGGAGGCCGAUUACUUUGGUGUCCCGUAUCCUGAAAGCCUGUCAGACCACUUGGCCAAUGAAAUGGAGACAUACUCUUUCAGGUCAAAUAUAGAACUUAAAAAGGCCUUGGUAGACUUUUGCGGAUCCUACGGCUUGGUCUGCAGUGAACCGACUGUCUGGGUUCUGCACUACCUCAGCACAUCUGGCACCAGCUGUGAGAGCAGGGUCAUCGGGGUGUACGCCACCAGGGCCGACGGCAUGGACGCCAUCGAGCAGCAGCUGGGCCGCAGAGUCCGCAGCAAGAGCAUCUUCCGGAGAGAGGCGGGGAAUAAUGUCCAGUACAUUUGGAGCUAUUACUCCGUGGCAGAACUGAAGAAAAUGAUGGAUGCCUUUGAUGCAUGGGAAGGAAAAGGUACAGGGUGAUGCGAGUAGAUUCUGUGGAAGUGGGUGGGCUUUUCCUUCAUGUGGUAGUCAGUUUCCGAGAGUGACACCGAGGCAGCGCACUUUCCCAUCUUUAGACUCCAGGGCUUUGAAUUAUACUAUAGGCAGGGAAAAGUGGGGAUGUUAUUUAAACAAGUGCCACAGCCCUAGUGUGGACUGGUGCCCCAGGAGGUCUCCAGUAGGAGCGGACACUGAGAAGCCGAGAGCAGCCGGUGCACAGGGCCGCUCCACCGCUUGCCAUUAUGGGCAAGGCAGAGCCGGAAGAGGAUGCUGUGUCCUCAUGUGACCGUGUGACUACCCCAGAAAGGUCACUCUGUGUAGAUUCUCUUAGAAGCCUGACUUUCAAGUCAAGGCAAACUUAGUGGGCCAGGCUUGGGAGAAUCUGGAGCCUGUUAGGGCUGUGGGCGUCAUCAAGUUGGCUUAAAAUGAGGCUCACAGAGCCGGGGAGCCUCGGGGAGGGAGCCCCUUCUUCCGCCCGUGCCAGCUUACUACGUUGGUUAUUAUUACCAGAACUUCAGUGAAAAAACAACUCCAGUCCUGGGAUGUACACGGUUAUUCUUUUUUAAAUCCAAGCACCUUUUAUUCAACGUAGCUCUUUGGGCAUUUUUGUGUCUAUGUAUAAGUUUUUUGUUUUUAAAAAUUGAAGUGCUUGUAACAAAGUGGACUGGCGGCCACUCCAGACCAGCUCCACCCCAGCAGGUGCAGUCUGUCCUGCUGCCACCACUCCCCGCCCUGUUCUCACCCGGCUGCCCCGCUGCCUUCACGGGUCUGGGGCCGGCAGCGCUGAGUGCUCAGGUCUGGCUCCUCUUGUUGGCACCAGCGCUGGUGCCUCAGCGGGGCCUUGGCGAGCACAGCCCGGAUGUCUCCUGCCCUGGAGGGCUCAGUGCCACGGCAGCCUGGCACACGGUGCUCUGUCGUGUGUGUCAACGUGGCUGUCACCGUUAACUGUCACUGCGGGGCAUCCCAGUGCCACCCCCUUUCAGUGGAUGUGAGAAACAAGGCCCAGGCCGUGACUUCCGAGGGUGGGUUCAAGGCAGCACUCAGCUGCGUCCUGGGCUCCCCAGCAGCAGAGCUGGGUGGCUCCGGGGGCAGCGCCCCAGACCUAGCCACAGAGCCGCUGCGGGCGCCCGGCGUCCCCAACGC